CGUGAAACAAGAGAAAUACAAGUUACAAAACAGCCACGUUUUGAAGUCACGUGUGUUAUGUAAACGCUAGUGCUCUUUUUGCUAAGCUGCCACAGCAUGCAGUCGCGAAACAGCACAGGGUUCGCGAUGAAAAGCAAACCCUCCAAAUCUGAUGGCCUCAAAUCCAAAAAGCCACAGGUGGAGCAAAGAGCUGGUGGGGAGAACUCUGGUUCAACUUUGUCGGCUAAACUACGGGACAAGAAGGAUGCAGAGGCGUGCAAAAAAGGGAUUCAGAAAAAAAGUGCACAUGGAAGCAUACUCCACCACAUCUACAAGCACACUUUGGGACAAAGUGUUCAUACUCAAAUGAGACAGUGUCUCCAAGAGCCUUUUGUCCGCUCACUCUCUUCGUACCAUUACCACGCAUCAAACGUUCCCUUCGACCGGCGAGUCACCUGCCUGGAGUGGCAUCCCACCAAUCCCAGCACAUUGGUAGUGGGCUCCAAGGGUGGCGACAUCGAGCUGUGGGACUUCAAGCUCCGCGAGCAGAAGAUGUUCAUCAGAGGGAAUGGCGCCGGAGACUUCAUCGGAGGGAUGAAGUUUUGUCCCACGGAUCUUUCCAGGGUGUACGUGGCCUCUGGUGAGGGCACACUGACCCUGCAGAGCUUUGAAGGCCUCACAGCCACCAUUUUAUCCAGAACGACAGAUUGUGGCCACGAACACCACAACGUAUGUUUCUGGUACUGCUGUGUGGACGUCUCCAUCAGCCGCCAGAUGCUUGUGACCGGAGACAACGUUGGAAAUCUACUGCUGCUGGGUUUAGAUGGCCAGAAGAUUUUCAGUGAUAAAUUACACAAAGCCAAAGUGACCCACGCAGAGUUCAACCCACGCUGUGAUUGGCUGCUUGCGACGGCGUCAGUGGACCACACAGUGAAGCUGUGGGACCUGAGAAACAUGAAGGACAAGAAGAGCUUUCUUCAUGACAUGCCUCACGAGAAGGCGAUCAACUCAGCCUAUUUCCAUCCCUCGGACUGCUCCAAGUUGCUCACAACCGAUCAGUACAACGAGAUCCGUGUGUAUUCAUCCUCCGAUUGGUCCAAGCCUCAACAAAUCAUCCAGCAUCCACAUCGACAUUUUCAACACAUCACACCCAUCAAGGCUACAUGGCAUCCUGUGUAUGACCUCAUUGUGGUGGGUCGUUACCCUGAUGACAGGAUCUGUCAGGACGACCAGAGAACUAUUGACAUCUUUGAUUCCAACACAGCAGAGCUUGUGUGCCAAUUGUAUGAUCCCAAUGUUGGAGGAAUCAAAUCUAUCAAUAAAUUCAAUCCAAUGGGAGAUGUGAUUGGCUCUGGAAUGGGUGUAACAGUGGUCGUUUGGGACCAAGACGAAUCGUUGUUCGCCGACGACAACAGGCCACAAGAGGAAACCUCUACGUCGGCCGGGCGAGCAAUAAGGGGGCGGCCCGGUCACCAGCAGCGGGCCACCAGAAGCAGGAGAAGUGGCGGGGAUCCGAGCAAGCUCAAGAAAAAACGCCUUUCCGCGCACCAAGCCCAAACGACGACCAAGACUAAGUGCACAAAGCGCACAAGAAAACAGUGAACUGCAGCCUGUGGAUAUAUUUUUGUUACUUACUGUUAUGUGUUUUUAAUUCAACAUUUUGCAGAUGUUGUUGUUUUCUACUGAACUGUAAUAAAGUGUUAUUGUUUACUUA